CGACAACGCUCCAACCCCAGACCACUAUAAUCAACUUACAAGCAAUGUUUUCAUUCCGAACAAUUAUCCCCCGGCUGCGGCCAAUCCAAUUGACCCCCCUGUCCCCAAGCUCCCCCCUCUCAGCAUCCCUCUGCCGCACCCUCCGCAGCUCCCUGCAGAAAUCUCUCCAGCAGCAGCCCCGGCGAUGGUACGCACUGCCCGUACCCAAGACGCCGUCCCGGGUUGAGCAGGAGCUUAAAAGGCAAGCUCGAGCAGCUUCUAAGAAUGGAAAGGAGUAUGCGCUUCCUGAGCGGCUGAUCAUCUAUCAUGCCGGCACCGGACGGACCACGUUUCUGGCCAUGGUCAAAGUCACGACUCUAUUCAUCGGAUGCUUUUUCUGUUUUGUCGUUGCGCCGGGUUAUAUCAAAGCCGAAAAGCCCGUGUGGGAAACAGCUGGUAUCGCCCUCUGCGGAAUCAUCCCCAUCCUGUUCGUCGCCUCCGUCACCUCCCCCUUCGUCACCCACAUACACAUCCACCUCCCGGCCUACGCCCGCGCCUCCCAGCCCAUCCUCGAGCGCUUCGUCCGCACGCUGCCGCCCAACACCCAGCUCACCCUCACCACCAUGAGCUUCAUCGCCAAGCCCCGCUACAGCUCCCUGCAGGCUGGCGACCUCGCCCCCACCCGCCGUCGUUUCGGCCUCGUCAACUUGGUCCGCGACACCGACGCCGAGAACGCUAAGCGCAGCUGGUACAUGUUCCGCGCCGUCGGCAAGUUCUACGUCCAGGAGAAGGGCCCCGUUAGGAGGGUCCGCUACGAGAAGAAGAAGAAGGACCAGGUCGAUGGCUGGAUCUGGGAUGCUAUCAAGGAGAGGCUCGACAAGAAGGCCGGCCCUGCCUAACCAACACUACAUCUUUCACAUAUACAACAACUAAUCAUCUCCACA